CGCAAGGGCGAGCACCCGACAACAACCAUCACCCCGUAGCAUUUCAGCCACAAUGCAACAAUCAUGGCUUUCUGUCGCCAGAUGGUUCCUGUCACUGCGGUCGAAGAUGGCAUGGAAGAAAAUGCGAACUGCUAAACAAAGGUGUUGUUGGACCGUUGGGACAACCAUUCGUUCAUACAGGCUCACGAGUACCGGAUCCCAGAUGUAACAACCACGGUACUAUGUUGGCACACAGAGGUUGUCGCUGCUAUGGGAACUGGUAUGGCAGAAAAUGUGAACUGUAUAAAAAUUCUGGUACCACGAGUCAAAUGUGGUUAGAACGGGACUGCGUGAUAUUCCCUGGUGGUAUCUGCCUAUGUCAUCACAGUCAGUCUCAAACAAAAUGUGAGCAAGUUCAUCAAAACCACAAAGUCACAAGCCAUACGCAUAGAACAACUUCUUCAAGCAAACUUGCGAUGACCACAAAUAAACCAAACCCGAUAGUGUAUUUGACGACAAAGCACUCAGCUAUCCUAGCACCUUCUGUGACAUCGUCUACCACAACUGCCAAAUUUUCAGCAGCAGCUUCAGCUUCAACCACACCUGCCGCGCCACUACCAAGUUCCUUCAAAGUUACAACUUCCACAGUACCAGCAACAUCCAGAGCAAUGACAUCUAAGUCAACAGCAGCCUCUACGAAGGCAACCCCAACAACCACGAUACCAACAACAGCUCCAGUUACUUCUGUUUUUGUGCCAACUAUUUCAAAUUCAACGCGAGUAUCAGUACAGAAUGUAUCUACAUCUAUUGUUACCACAACCAUCACCUUACCUCCAUCUUCACAGUCGACUUCAACUAAGCCAGCUAAAAUUCAAAAUACCCCGUCCGUGUCGUCAAAUGGUAAAACAGUUUUACCACCGACCAAGUUACCGUCGGUGACAUCAGUAUUACCAAGCGUUUCUACUAAUCCACCACCAAAAACUUUACCUCCCGUGUCAACUGUAUGUGCUGUGUGCAGCGGACCGGCAUUUCUGUGCGAGAAACUGUACGCUCCAACUGAAUGUCACCCACCAAACAACUACUGUAUCAACACCAUUGUAAAUCACAAAGAUGGAUCAAAGUCAGUUAACAGAACAUGUGGUAACUUCGACACCUGCUACCGUGAGUGGUUUCUGGGAUCCUCAGACAACGACAAAUGCCGCAAGUUAAGCGCAUCUGAUGAGCAACGCCUAGAUUUCCAGUGCACUUUCUGUUGUGUGGAAGAUAACUGCAACACACCGCUACAUCCGUCAGACAGAACACUAUACAAACCAACAAAGUAAACCUAGUCUUAGAUAAUUGUUAUGAAUAUUCGAAUAAAUAUUGUUCGAUUUUCUUGUAA